UGUAGAUUAUCUGGCUGUAUGGUGACAGAAGAAGGUUGUGCUGCUCUGGCAUCAGCUCUGAGUUCAAACCCCUCACACCUAAGGGAACUGGAUCUGAGCUACAAUCACCCAGGAGAUUCAGGAGAGAAAGUUCUCUCUGAUACACUCAAACAUCUGGACAAACUCAAUGUGGAUCAUGGAAGAGAGUUCAGGAUCAGAGCAGGACCUCAAAAGUAUGCCUGUGAUCUCACACUGGAUCCAAACACAGCAAACGGAUAUCUCGUUCUGUCUGAGGAGAACAGAAAGGUGACGUGUGUGACUGAGCGACAGUCAUAUCCUGAUCAUCCGGACAGAUUUGAUGAGGAGUGUCAGGUUCUGUGUUCAGAGACUCUGACUGAUCACUGUUACUGGGAGACUGAGUGGAGUGGAUAUGUUCAUAUAUCAGUGUCUUAUAAAGGAAUCGAGAGGAAAGGAGGGAGUGCUGACUGUGAGUUUGGAGAUAAUGAAAACUCCUGGAGUCUGUUCUGCUUUGAUCAGAGAAUCAGUGUCCAUCACAAUCGUCAGGAAACUGUCAUAUCUGCAGCUCGAGGCUCCUGUAAGAGAGUAGGAGUAUAUGUGGACGAGUCGAGGGGGUCUCUGUCCUUCUACAGCGUCUCUGACACACACACACUCACACACUUACACACACUCACACACACAUUCACUCAGCCACUACACGCUGGAUUUAGAUUUAACAGUUACAACUCUUCAGUGUCUCUGUGUCACAUUAAACACACACACACACACACACACACACACACCUGACUGACACACACACUC